UUUUUUUUUUAGUAGGUUACAAUACACAAUACCGAUCAAUGGCUCCGGAAUGAAUUGUCUUAAAUCUAAACCCAGUGUUAUUUUGAGACCUAUUACAGUCUAGGGCGGGGCUUUGGUGCUUUACUUUUUUUUGUUUUGUUCAGUUUUUUUUCCUCCCCUCUCCCUGAAAGCUGGUCGGAUGCUUGUCAGUUCGCAUUUAGCUUACCAUUAUCAAGGCUCAAAGCCUUUAGAGGACGACGGACUGCGAUUUAUAGGGACUUUUUGGAUAACGGUCCUGUUGAAUUGGGAUCUUAACUAUCCGGAGAUAAGGAAUAUGUGAAUGAAGCAUUUGAAAAGCAGCUGAGGAUGUUCGUGCUUCCUAAAGAAUGUGCAUGACUGAUCUUCCACAUGAGGACACUUGAUUAAUAAAAACAUAUGAAUUUGUCAUGUGUCUAGUGGAGGGCUUGGCACAUGGGUGAGCUGGCAGCAGCGGGCAGAGAGAGAGACCGAGAGAGCUGAGCAGGGCACAGCUUUGGCACUAGAGAGCACAACAAGUGAUGGCAGUGUGUAUCUUCCUGUCCAACGUUCCAACAGGAACAGGUGACCAGAAUGAAGCAAACCCUCAGCUUGUAAGAUGAUUCAUAGGAGAAAAAACUCCAGACAUAUUCCAGACAAAAGAAACACUGUCAAGACAGAAUUACCAACAAGGACACAUUUGACAAAGAGAACUCUUACCCAAACCGAAUGACUACAGGCGAGACAGACUUAAUAGGAUCUAUUAAUUUGGACAACAGAUAGCAGCAUAGUGGAAUAUUCAAGCCUUGAGAUGGAGGUGGAACGGCCGGACAUUGUAGAGGAAGAGUCCUUCUCCAAGGGUGGCCAAGAUAACCCUGAUGGCAAGAAGAGCAGGGGUCACACUUGUGAACUCUGUGGAAGAAGUUUUCCUUUCCUCAGCUCCUUGUCCCAGCACAUGAGAAAGCACACUGGGGAGAAACCAUACAAGUGCCCUCACUGUGAGCACCGCUCAGCCCAGAAGGGUAGCUUAAAAGCCCACAUGCGCAGCCACAAACUGGACAAUCUCAGCCAGAGCACUGGUGGUGAGGAGGAAGAUGUGGACGAGGAAGGGGAAAAGGAAGGAGGGGUGCCAGAAGAUCAAGGUGGUUGCUCCAGUCCGACUGAGAGUACCUCGGCCUGCAACAAGGUUGUGAACGGUGAGGAGUCUACCAAAAUGAGGAAGAAAGGUGGGAAGAAGGAAAGAACCUCUAAUGAGAAUUGCAAACAGUCAGUGCAGUGCUCUCUGUGCAGGAAAAGAUUGUCCAGUCAGGAAGAGCUUGAACAGCAUAUGCAGGAGCUUCACAAGUUCUUCCGAUGUGAACUGUGCCCUUAUGAGACUUUGCAGGAGGACCAACUGCAAGCUCAUGUUGAGAAGGUACAUCCUAUCGAGGAGGAAUCGAUCACCAAAGAUGUCUCUAUCAGCGAGGAAGCUGAUGGUAAAGGCGAGUUCCCAUGUGAACAAUGUGACCAGGUGUUCACACAAGCCUGGUUUCUGAAAGCUCACAGGAAAAAGCAUCAGAACAGUCUGGAUCAUGGGUGUCGGAUCUGCGGACGCCGCUUUCGUGAGCCCUGGUUUCUUCGUAGCCACAUGAAGACCCACAACACCAAGGUAAAACCAAAGAGUGACACCUACCUUCCGGCUACUGUCAAUGAGGUGGCCCAGGACGAGUCCAACUUGGUGAACGAAGUGUGUCUGUAUGAACUCUGUGCCAAGUGUGGUAACUUCUUCCACAACCGCAAGAGCUUGCUGUUGCAUGAACAGGUCCACAGAAAUGUUGAGCGGCCUCCUAACAAUACUUUUUGCAGUGAUAAGGACUUCACAUCUGUCACUAAGACAAGCUUCUUGGAAUGCCUAAACUUGAAACCAGCAGGAAAUGGAGAGAGCCCCGUUGAGGUAACUCUAGGGAAAAGAAUCCCAGAGCUUGAUCCAAUAAGUAGCUACCAGUCUUGGCAACUGGCCACCAGAGGCAAAAUGGUGGAGGCAUCUGAGAAGAGUCUGGGUUGGGAAGAGAGGUUAGCCGAUGCAGAUGUAGCAUACGACAGGGAAAAGGGCGAGUAUGUCUUGCUCAGACAGGACAAGCGGAAGAAGUCACUUGAUUCAAUGGCGAGUAUCCCAACCAAGAAACGGAGAGGGGCUGGGACCCAGGGCUCCAAUACAGAUCACCACGGCAAUGAAGAAAGGAAUGGCCAGGUCUCGACAGGUGAGCGAAGCCCAGAGAAUCUGAGUGACACUGAGUACCGCCCUACUUCUCGCUCUAGCCGUAAGAAUUCCAGGAAAACCUCAGAGUGCUUGGAGUGUGGAAAGGGCUUCCGCACACAGCAACAGAUGGUGAUCCACAUGCUCAUCAGACAUGGUGGCUUGGGUGAAACCAUUGGUGGAAAUGGACUGUUCCGUAAAGCUGAGUCAAGCCCAUCUAAAGCAGGUGAAUCAGCAGGACUCUUCAGGGAUCAAAAACAAACAGGGUUCUUUGGGGACACAGAUAAAAAGCCAUAUACCUGUGAGCACUGUGACUUUUGCACCUCAGAGCCCUCGGCCAUUGCUACCCAUGCCCAAACACAUCAUUUGGCAAUCAGGAACUGGGGCCAGAAGAGUGAUGCCUUAACCAGCUCACUCAGCCAAAGCCAACCUCACCAAACCAACCACAAAGGCUUCCCAAGGCUGAGAAAUGCCCUGCUGCAGCAGCCCUACUGGCCCUACACUAGCUCAACUCACCUGGAGGGGGCAGCACUGAGCGAUGCCUCGUCAAAGGCAGAGGAGGAAAACAACAAGGGGUUGGAAGAAAGUAGCACCAUGGAUAAAGCAGGUGCUAAUCUGCUUAAUCUCUCCAUGGAGGUGGAUGACAAAAAAGAAGAGGUUUCUUCCAUGUUAUCGAAAAGUUUGGUUCAACACCAGUGUCCUUAUUGCUCCUAUGCAACACUCUAUCCAGAAGUUCUCUGGAUCCACCAACGAAUUGCACAUAAAGUUGACAGCACUACGUUGGUGCCUAAGUGGGCCCCGAGAAACGGCCUCAAGGGGCCCAAAUCACUUCUCGAUUUCAAGAGACGCACCGGUCCACCUCCGUUUCUGGAGGGUAAGGACUGCCCCUCUCUGCCGCAGAUGAGAACUUCUCGAACGAGUCCACCUGAUUGCAACCCUGGAGGGAUGAAGAAAUCAAAACCUCCGACAACUAGUUUAGAGUCCAGCUCUUCGCAAAGCAAGAGCUGGCACACAGCCACAGCACCGGGGGCAUCAUCUCACUCGUCCAAACACAAGACCAGCAAGUCCAGGACAGAUGAGUUGGCAGGCAGUAAACAGAAAGCAGACGUCCAUCAAAACAGUUCCUCGCGGCCUAAGGCAAGUCCUCAGAAGACUGGAAACCCAAAGACAGGAAGCAGAGUGAUGGAGAGUAGUCUGCUACCUCAAGAGGGACUUCAUUUUAUGCUCUCUAGCAAACACAAACUCUCAGAUCAGAGGAGCUCCAAAGCACAUGCUCCUCAGACCCCCGACAGGUCUGAUUCUCAAGCUCAGAAUACACCAUCCAUUAAUGGGUACGACCCCUGGAGCAGACUUGGCUUGAGUGGCCCGUCCUCUCACUCCCAGUCCAAGAGACAUUCGAUAGCCGAUGGUCCAGAACCUGUGACAGACAUCCUGAGUUUCUUGAAGAACUGCAGUCCUCAUGAUCUAGCUGCUCUCUACCAUCACUGGGGCUUUAACAGCACCAUGGCAGAGCAAGCAGGGUUGGCGAGGUCAGGGUCUCAGCAGGGGGAGUAUGUGUGUCCAGUGUGCAGGAAGAGCUUCAACCAGCCCAGCCAUUACCGCACACAUAUGAGAUCACACACAGGUGAGCGACCUUUCCAGUGCCGGUACUGUCCUUACAGCGCCUCGCAGAAAGGUAACCUGAAGACCCAUGUCCAGACUGUACACCGUCUAGCCUUCGACAAUGCGCAGUACCCGGACAGGAGACUCCACCAUGCCCCUACCAAUGAACCCAGGGACCCUUCUGGAUCUCACUGAGUAUGCUCACCUCCUCACAACCAACUCAAGUGAGGGCUGAAAUCUAUAAAAGGUCCAUCAAAAAUACUUUGAUGCACAAAUUCGAGGCAUUCGAGGAAGACUUAACAUAAUGUACGGCAUUGGAUUUGUUCGUGUUUUUAGUUUAGUUGGACUUUCCAUGUUUCCUUUUUAUUUUCACCUGACACAAAGCUCUAGACUGAACUGAAAGGGGGGACACAUGUUUACACCUCCCUUAUCCAGAGACUUACGAAACACUUGAGGGCUAAAGCCUUGACAACAUGAGGUCAGAGCUGAUGGAGUAGAACCCAAGGACUUCAGCUGAUCCCCUAAACUUGAAAUGCUGCCUCCGAGUUCCCCGAUUGACUAGUUGUUUAAAACAAAAUAGCCUUAGUGCGCAACGAGUGUAGUUUGUGCGUGCGUGUGCGAUUGUGUUUCCCACAUUCUACUUCUCAGGACUUGAGUUAGACGCAAUUCCAAAGCCUGCAUUCAUUCACACAAUGUGUAACUGAACGCGAAGGAGACAUGCAGUGUAAUUCAUUACUUAGUUUUGUUGAAUAUAAGCAUAUAUAUUUGGUUGAGUGUGUUUUGUCACUGGUUGGGCAACACUUGGCACUAUCAUCAAAAUAUGUCCUGAACACCUUUGUAUUGUGUUAAACUUGGAAUUUAAAGUAUUUAUGUAAGCACAGCUGUAAUGUUCCAUAAGUUUCCACUUGCGUCGAGUGUCAUAUUCACGAACCAUCUCUCUGAAGAGUUUAAGGUAUAGACACAUGCCAUAUUUUGCAUUAGUGUCAUCUGAUUGGUCCAACAAAGUCAGAAAUAUUAUUUGUAUCUGCGCUUACUUUUUUGAUGUAGCCUACUCAAGUUUUAAUGUGUUUCUCUUUUUUUCAUCAAACAUGGUUGCCUCAGUGGAUUCUGAAUAAUUGAACCCCAAAAAAGAAAGACAGAAAACUUAAUUCAAUGGCGCAUCAGGUCUCAAAGCCAUGUUAAAAUGCUCAAGUUUUUGAUGAAGGAUCUAUUUUUAUCUUAACAUGCAGAGUUGCAAGUUGUCUGUGUAAUCAUUUAAAUUAUUGCAUAAUAGAGAGACUAGUAAUUAGCGCAAGACUAGAUUGGGGGGAUUUAGUGUGUUUUAUAAUGUUACUUAUAAAGCUUUAGAAUGCCAUAUUUUUUAGAGGUUGAAAACGUAAAAGCAAAGAAAUUCUUGGCCAUAUAUUUCUAUGAAUGUUGUAUAUGGUAAUUAGGUAUUUAUGGAGAUAGUCCUGCACAGCGGUGUACGUUUAACUGCAUUCAGAUAUGUACAACAGUCAAAAAUGAACAUUUAUCUAGAGCAUUUAUAUUGCCUAAAUCCUUGUGUUGGAAACUAAGCCAAGAAAACUGAUCCUACAUUGUGAAUUUUGUUUUAGAAGAACCUCCAGUGUGAAUUUGUGUUGAUGCUCAGCAGUCAAACUGAAACAUGUUGCAGGUUCUAAGCAGCAGCAGUGACCCAGGGACUGAGAGUUAUUGCAAACGUGGUCUUAUCACUGCUGCCCUUGAGCAAGGCACUUAACCCUUGGUCGCUCUAUAGGGACUCCAUGUUCCUGCAAUGGAUGUCUUGGAAUUGCAUUGGAUGAAAUGUGACUGCUAAUUGUAAUUUACUAACAGCAAAUCAACUUUUUAAAUUUGUCCUAGGACACAAGAAACAUGAAUAGCUUUUCGUGUUAGCUUUUUAAUGAAUUUAAACCCCUAAGUACUAGAGCAGAAGACCUAAGAAAACUAAAUAGCAUGUUUUGAUUUCAUUUGCAAUUGGAUUGUUUUUCUUUCUUUAUGUAACUAUUAAUUUUGUGGUUUGAAUAGAAGUAGUAGUUGAAUGUAUUUUGUGUGGUUUAAAGUUUUUUCUUCCCUCCACAUAUAUUUUGUUCAAUGAAGUACACAAAACCUGUUGACUGUCAUCCUCAGAUCAUCUCCAACUCAUACAUUGUCUAUUGUUGAAGUUUUGAACCAAUUAAAUUAAACUUUACCUUUA